GAGAAAAGGCUUUUAAAAUCUCACUUUAGCGAAAGCAGAUUGUAUGCUAAAGCUCUCCAACCACGAAGCUUCCUCUUCUUUUCCUGUUGUAAUAUAAAUUGGACGAAUGAUAGUGUGUGGUGGCAGAGAGAUUGAAAAUGGGGGUUGGGGGUUCGUUGGAGUAUGUAUCCGAGAAUUACUUGAUGUGCAUUAGCCAUAAACGCAACAAUAAGCACCACCAGUUGCAGACCGUUGAGCUUAAGGUGGCUAUGGAUUGCGAUGGGUGCGAGCUUAAAGUGAAGAAAGCUCUGUCUUCCUUACGAGGAGUGAAAUCAGUGAAGAUAAACAGAAAGCAGCUGAAGGUGACAGUGACAGGGUAUGUGGAAGCAAGCAAAGUGUUGAAGAAGGCAAAGUCGACAGGGAAAAAGGCAGAGAUAUGGCCAUAUGUGCCCUACAAUUUAGUGAAGCAUCCCUACGCUGCCCCAGCUUAUGAUAAGAAGGCCCCUCCUGGGUAUGUCAGAAAUGUAGAGGACAAUGCUGUGGCCUCCUCUGUUGUCAAGUUUGAAGACCCUUCCUUUGUCACCAUGUUCAGUGAUGAUAACCCUAAUGCCUGCUCCAUCAUGUAGCCAAAAAA